AUGUCACACGAAUCGGAUCCCGGCUGGCAGUACUUGCGCCAGUCGCCAGAACAGGUACGAGAUCCUUUGUUUGCAUUUAUUUUACUUACUCUCUCUCUCUUUCUCUUUCUUUCUCUUUUUAUCCGUCUCGAGCCGCUUCUUCUAUCCACCACGUACUAGAGUAAACAGCGCAAGAAAGAUAUCGAGUAUUUUUUGAUCCAUUGCCGGCGCGCGGGAAAAGGGGACUUGCCUGGGGUCGACAUAGCACUAUAUCAUUUGUAGCUGUUGGCGGCGACGACGAAGAAGUUCGACUCGAAGAAGAAUGUGUGGGUGGCGGAUCCGGAGGAGGGAUUCAUCGCCGCCGAGAUCAAGUCGUCGAAGGGCGACACGGUGGUGGUGGUCACCUCGAAGGGCAUCGAGAAGACGAUCAAGAAGGACGACGCGCAGCAGAUGAACCCGCCAAAGUACGAGAAGACCGAGGACAUGGCCAACUUGACGUUCCUCAACGACGCGUCCGUCUUGCACAAUCUGAGACAGAGAUACUACUCGAUGAUGAUCUACACCUAUUCGGGUCUCUUCUGCGUCGUCAUCAACCCCUACAAGCGUCUUCCGAUCUACUCGGAAGCGGUGUGUCAAAUGUAUCUGGGCAAGCGGAGAAACGAGAUGCCGCCGCACUUGUUCGCCGUCGCCGACGAGGCCUACAGAAAUAUGACGAACGGUUUGUGCACGUUCUUCUCUUUCUCAAGUCGAAAACCCUGUUCGAUAUUGCAGACAAGGAGAAUCAGUCGAUGUUGAUUACCGGAGAGUCGGGAGCCGGAAAGACGGAGAACACGAAGAAGGUCAUCUCGUACUUUGCGAUGGUCGGCGCCUCGCAGCAGUCGGCCAAGAAGAAGAGCAAGAAGGACAAGGCACAAGUCUCGCUCGAGGAUCAAAUUGUGCAGACGAACCCGGUGCUGGAAGCUUUUGGUGAGUAAGGAGCGACGGACAGAGUCAACAUGAUUACGAGAUCAAAAGACUUUGGUUGUGGUGGUGGUGUUUACGCAACACUUGAAUGUUGUGCCAAAGUUUUUCCUUUUCUCAUUCCCUGAAAUAAUCAAAUUCCGGAAAUCUUCAUACCUAGUACUUUAUUUCUCUAGUUGACAACUUUUUUGCGUCGCCGCUCAAAUUCUUUCAUCUUUGGAGAAAUGGUACAAAAAAGGUGUCAACUAGAAAAAUAAAGUACUAGGUUUCAUAGUUCUGACCGCUAUUAUAGUUUUUGUCGAAACUUGUUGCCUACACAUCAGCCAGCGCGUUUCCACUCGACAACUUGACACGUGUCAACUCGCGCGUCCUCCUCCUCUUUAUCACUUAUCUCCCCCCGGGUUGUUUGCUGGUAUUUACAAGCGCCCCCCGGUCCCCCGUUGUGUACGGGAUGCCGAUUCUCGAGUGGCACCACCAUCAUCAUUUUUGUCUGUUUGUACAUGAAACAUUUCGAGAAAAGAGUGACACACACUUAAAAUGAAAAAGGGUGCAAAAAAGAAACAGUGAUUGAUUGCAGGUAACGCGAAAACGGUUCGUAACAACAACUCGUCUCGAUUCGGAAAAUUCAUCCGAAUCCACUUCAACCAGGGCGGAAAGGUGGCCGGUGCCGACAUUGAACACUGUAGGAGGACACAUUGCAACCUGCUUUAGCAGUUUUUAAUUUUUCAGAUCUGUUAGAGAAGUCUCGUGUCAUCAAACAGGCGCCCGGAGAGCGGUCGUACCACAUCUUCUACCAGAUUUAUUCGGAUGCCGUCAAGGGACUCCGCGACAAGCUCUUCCUCACCCGCCCCAUCAAGGAGUACACGUUCGUCUCGCAGGCCGAGGUGACGAUCGAUGGCGUGGAUGAUAAGGAGGAGAUGCUCAUCACCGAUGAGGCGUUCGAUAUUAUGAAGUUCACCGAGACCGAGAAGUCGGAGCUCUUCGCCAUCACCGCUGGAAUCAUGCAUAUGGGAGAGCUCAAGUUCAAGCAGAGGCCGAGAGAAGAGCAGGCGGAGUUGGAGGAUGGAAAAGAGGGAGAGCUGGCGUGCAAGCUCUACUGCGUCGACUCGGAGAAGUUUAUCGGUGCGCUUCUGAAGCCACGUGUCAAGGUCGGCACCGAAUGGGUCAACAAGGGACAGAACUUGGAACAGGUGAACUGGGCAGUCGGAGCCCUCGCCAAGGCUCUGUUCGCUCGCAUGUUCACCUGGCUCAUCAAGAGGUGGGUGAAAACUGAAAAACUAGAAGCUAACAUGAAUAUUUUCAGAUGUAACAAGACGCUCGACGCGCAAGACCUCUCUCGCGACUUCUUCAUCGGCGUGCUCGACAUUGCCGGCUUCGAAAUCUUCGAUCUGAACUCGUUCGAGCAGUUGUGGAUCAACUUUGUGAACGAGAAACUGCAACAAUUCUUCAAUCAUCACAUGUUCGUGUUGGAACAGGAAGAAUACAAACGAGAGGGAAUUCAAUGGGAAUUCAUUGAUUUCGGACUCGAUUUGCAGGCCUGCAUUGAGCUCAUCGAAAAGGUAUCUCUUUGAGAGCUCUUGUAGACUUCAAUUUCACUUUUAAUUUUAUUUUAGCCACUGGGAAUUGUGUCGAUGCUCGAUGAGGAAUGCAUUGUGCCAAAGGCCACCGAUCUGACGUUGGCUUCCAAGCUCAACGAUCAACAUCUCGGCAAGCACCCGAACUUCCAAAAGCCACGUCCGCCGAAGGGAAAGCAGGCGGAAGCCCAUCUCGCCAUUGUUCACUACGCCGGAACCGUACGGUACAACGUGAAGGGAUGGCUCGAGAAAAACAAGGAUCCGCUCAACGACACCGCCGUCACCGUGCUGAAGGCCAACAAGGGCAACCAGCUGAUGGCGGACCUCUGGGCCGACUACAACACUCAAGAAGACGUGGCGGCGAUGGCGAAGGAGGGAAAGAAGGCGGUCGGCAAGAAGAAGGGCAAGUCGGCGUCGUUCAUGACCGUCUCGAUGAUGUACAGAGAGUCGCUGAACAACCUGAUGCACAUGCUCCACCAGACUCAUCCGCACUUUAUCCGCUGUAUUAUUCCGAACGAGAUGAAGAAGGCGGGAAUGAUCGACGCGAAUCUCGUGCUCAAUCAGCUGACGUGCAACGGAGUGUUGGAAGGAAUUCGCAUUUGCAGAAAGGGAUUCCCGAACAGAAUGCCGUAUUUGGACUUUAAGCAGCGCUACGCUGUGCUGGCUGCCGACGCGGCCAAGGCUGGAAAAGAUUUCAAGGACGCUGGGGAGAAGAUCGCCGCCGCUCUGACCAAGAACGGCAGUCUGAAGCAGGAGGAGUUCCAGUGCGGUCUCACGAAGGUCUUCUUCAAAGCCGGAGUGCUCGCUCACUUGGAAGAGCUCCGUGACGAGGCGCUCGGAAAGAUCAUGGCCAAGUUCCAGUGCGCGUGCCGACACUACCUCGCCCAGUGCGAGUACAAGCGGAAGCUCGACCAGAAGAUUGGACUGAUCGUUCUGCAGAGAAACAUCCGCGCGUGGUGCACCCUCCGCUCGUGGGCCUGGUUCAAACUGUUCGGACGUGUCAAACCGCUCAUUAAGGGCAACAAGAAGAACGAGGAGUUCGAGGCUCUCGAGAAGAAGUUCAAGACACUUGAAGAGGAGAAACAACAGGAGGAGAGAAAGAGGAAGGACAUUGAGGCGGAGAACGCGAGACUCGAGGCCGAGAAGCAGGCGCUGCUCAUACAGUUGGAGCAGGAAAGAGACUCGAGUGCCGAGGGAGAGGAGCGAUCCGCUAAACUCCUUUCGCAGAAGGCGGAUCUCGAGAAGCAGAUGGCUAAUCUGAACGAUCAGUUGUGCGACGAAGAGGAGAAGAACGCGGCGCUCGCGAAACAGAAGAAGAAGGUCGAGCAGGACAACGAAGGGCUCAAGAAGACCGUUUCGGAUCUGGAGACUACGAUCAAGAAGCAGGAGAGCGAGAAGCAGGCCAAAGAUCAUCAGAUCAGAAGUCUGCAGGACGAGAUUCAGUCGCAAGACGAGGUCAUCUCCAAGCUGAACAAGGAGAAGAAGCAUCAAGAGGAGGUGAACCGCAAGCUUCUGGAGGACAUUCAAGCCGAGGAGGACAAGGUGAACCAUCUGAACAAGACGAAGGCCAAGCUGGAGUCGACACUCGACGAGCUCGAGGAUUCGCUGGAGCGCGAGAAGAGAGGUCGUCAGGAUUGCGAGAAGCAGAAGAGAAAGGUCGAGGGAGAGCUCAAGAUUGCUCAGGAGCUCAUUGAAGAGCUGAACCGUCACAAGCAUGAGCAGGAACAAGUGCUCAAGAAGAAGGACAUCGAGCUGACAUCCCUUCAAUCCAGACUCGAGGAUGAACAGUCUUUGGUGGCCAAGCUGCAGAGACAGAUUAAGGAACUGCUCGCCAGAAUUCAAGAGCUCGAGGAGGAGCUGGAAGCUGAGCGACAAUCGAGAUCCAAGGCUGAGAAGGCUAGAAAUGAGAUGCAGUUGGAGUUGGAAGAGCUUGGAGACAGACUUGAUGAGGCCGGAGGAGCUACUCAGGCACAGAUGGAGCUCAAUAAAAAGAGGUGAGAACAGAAUCAGUUGUUGAUAAUAGUAAGAAUUGAUUUCAGAGAAGCCGAGCUCGCCAAGCUCCGUCAAGACCUGGAAGAUGCGGCGAUCAACUCGGAGACGAGCAUGGCUGCCCUCCGCAAGAAGCACAAUGACGCCGUCGCCGAGCUCUCCGACCAGCUCGACACUGUGCAGAAGAUGCGCGGAAAGCUGGAGAGGGAGAAGAACGACAAGCAGAGAGAGAUCGACGAACUGCAGCAGUCGGCCGACGUGGAAGCGAAGCAGAGACAGAACUGCGAGCGGAUGGCCAAGCAGCUGGAGUCGCAACUCACCGACAUCACUUUGAAGAGCGACGAGCAGGCAAGACUCAUUCAGGAAUUGACGAUGAGCAAGAACAAGAGUCACUCGGAGAACCAGGACCUGAACAGACAGCUCGAGGACGCCGAGUCGCAGCUGUCCGCGCUGAACCGCAUCAAGCAGCAACAGCACAGUCAGAUGGAGGAACUGAAGAGAACCCUCGACCAGGAGACGCGCGAGAGACAAUCCCUCCACUCGCAAGUGUCCAACUACCAACUAGAGUGCGAACAGCUCCGCGAGUCGCUCGAGGAGGAGCAGGAUGCCAAGACGGAUGUGGCGAGACAGUUGAGCAAGGCCAACUCGGAGAUUCAGCAAUGGAGAGCCAAGUUCGAAGGAGAGGGAGUCACAAGAGCCGAGGAGUUGGAGGAGACGAGAAGAAAGCUGACGCAUAAGGUGCAGGAGAUGCAGGAGCAGUUGGAGAAUGCAAACCAGAAGAUUGGAUCGUUGGAGAAGACGAAACAGAGACUCGCCCACGAUUUGGAAGACGCUCAGGUCGACGCCGAUCGAGCCAACUCGGUGGCAAGCUCCCUGGAGAAGAAGCAGAAGGGAUUCGACAAAGUGCUCGAGGAGUGGAGACGCAAGUGCGAGGCUCUCGUCGCCGAAGUCGAGCAGAGCCAGAGAGAAACGCGUGCCGCCGCCACCGAGACCUUCCGUCUCCGCAACCAACUUGAGGAGUCGGGAGAGCAGACGGAAGCCGUGCGCCGGGAGAACAAGGCUCUCGCCCAGGAGCUCAAGGACAUUGCCGAUCAGCUCGGAGAGGGUGGAAAGAGUGUGCACGACUUGCAGAAGCUCCGCAGAAGGCUGGAAAUUGAGAAGGAGGAGCUGCAGCAGGCUCUCGACGAGGCCGAAUGUGCUCUGGAGGCCGAGGAGGCCAAGGUGAUGCGUGCUCAGAUUGAGGUCUCGCAAAUCAGAAGCGAGAUUGAGAAGAGACUGCAGGAGAAGGAGGAGGAGUUUGAGAACACGAGAAAGAACCACAGCAGAACCAUUGAGAGCAUGCAAGUAUCACUGGAGACGGAAAGCCGCGGAAGAGCCGAGCUGCUCAAGACGAAGAAGAAGCUCGAGGGAGACAUCAACGAGCUCGAGAUCGCUCUUGAUCACAGCAACAAACUGAACGUCGACGGACAAAAGUCGCUCAAAAAGCUGCAGGAUAUGAUCAGAGAGCUGCAGUUGCAGGUGGAAGACGAGCAGAGAUCUCUGAACGAGGUGCGCGACCACGCGAACCUCGCCGAGCGCCGUUCGCAAGUUCUGCAACAGGAGAAGGAGGAUCUCGCGGUGAUCUACGAGCAAUCGGAGAGAACUCGCCGACAAGCGGAGCUCGAGCUCGCCGAGGUCAAGGACUCGGUGAACGAGUUGUCGAACAGCAACUCGCUUCUGCUGGCCACCAAGAGAAAGGUCGAGGGAGAUCUGCAACACUUGCAAUCCGAGAUCGAGGAGGCGUUGAGUGACGCGAAGAGCAGUGACGAGAAGGCGAAGAAGGCGACGAUGGACGCGUCGAGACUGGCCGACGAGCUCAGAUCGGAGCAGGAGCACGCGAGCAAUCUGGACAAGUCGAAGCGGGCGCUCGAGUCGCAGGUCAAGGACUUGCAGGCAAGACUCGACGAGGCCGAGGCCGCCGGAAUCAAGGGAGGAAAGAGACAGUUGGCGAAGCUGGACAUGAGAAUUCACGAGCUCGAAACUGAACUGGAAGGCGAGUCGAGAAGACACGGAGAGACACAGAAGGUGCUCAGGAACAAGGACAGAAAGUGCAGAGAGCUCCAGUUCCAGGUACGCGUCUGAUACGAAGAAGAGUAGAAAAUUGAACCGUUUUACUUUCAGGUUGAUGAAGACAAAAAGUCGACCGAGCGAAUGUACGACCUCAUCGAGAAGCUUCAGCAGAAGAUCAAGACGUACAAGCGGCAGAUUGAGGAUGCCGAGUCUCUGGCUUCUGCCAACCUCGCCAAGUAUCGUCAGCUACAGCACGUUGUCGAGGACGCUCAGGAGAGAGCCGACGCCGCCGAGAACGCGCUUCAGAAGUUGAGAUUGAAGGGAAGGAGCGCGUCUGGAGUCUUCGGACCACGUGGAUUGGCUCAUUCUGUGAGGAGCUUUAAAGUUUUUGGAAACACGACUUACUACUUACUUUCAGAUGUCAACGACCGGAGUGAACAUGAGACGAGGCGGCUCGCGAGGCGCAUUCCUCGACGAGGACUUUGCCGAAGAAUAA